UUGAAAACACGAUCUAGGAGGCGAAGAUUUCGGUAAAAUAUCAUUUUAGAAGCACCUUUCACACACAAUGGCGGACGUGUUGGACAUCUACAACCACGAGGAGUUCGAGGUGGACGAAGAUGGAGACCAGGGCAUCGCACGGUUAAAGGAAAAGGCACGCAAGCGAAAGGGACGCGGCUUCGGCAACGAAAGCAUCCCCCGGGAAACCAUCGACUACGAGCGGCUUCAGGACGACGAGGAAGAGGCCGAACCGGGCCCGCAGCGCUCGGUCGAAGGGUGGAUCCUGUUUGUGACGUCCAUCCACGAGGAGGCGCAGGAAGAUGACAUUCAGGAGAAGUUUUGCGAGUUUGGCGACAUCAAGAACAUUCACCUGAAUCUCGACCGCCGGACCGGCUUCCUGAAGGGGUACGCGCUGGUCGAGUACGAAACGUACAAACAGGCGAUGGCGGCCAAAGAAGCGCUGAAUGGUUCGGAAAUCCUCGGCCAAACGAUUGCCGUCGACUGGUGCUUCGUGAAGGGACCGAAAAAGCUCAAGAAAUCCAGUAGUGACCGCCGCCGGCGAUAGGUGGAUAGGCGGAAGUAAAUGUAUACCAAUUCUAUAGGUAAAGACACCCGGAUGUACCCGGAACAUACACACCCAUUUGUCACACCACACCACAGAUUAACGGUUAUUUUGUCCCAUAGAGGGCUUUGUAAGAAAUACGCGACAUGAA